AUGGUUACCGGCCUCCACCCACUCAUCGAUAACGGCCUGACGAAGGGCGAUCCGAACUUCAGUGGCGGAACUCUCGAAUGUCACUGCCUGAACAACCGUGUCCAGGUCAAGAUCAACGGCAACGUUGCCCACAACCACGCAUGCGGCUGCUCUAAGUGCUGGAAGCCUUCUGGCGCCCUUGUCUCAGUUGUCGGUGUCGUCCCCAAGGAGAACGUGUCCGUGGUAGCGAACAAGCAGAAGCUCCACGUUAUCGACCGCAAUGCCGCGAUUCAGCGAAACGCAUGCAAAGAGUGCGGCGUGCACCUUUAUGGACGCAUUGAGCAAGCCCACCCGUUCAAGGGCCUCGACUUCGUUCACGCCGAGCUGAGCGAUGAGCAAGGAUGGCAAGAGCCACAAUUCGCUGCAUUCGUAAGCAGCAUUAUCGAGCAAGGAUAUGCUCCGGAGAAGAUGGGAGAGAUCCGAGGCAAGCUGAAGUCGGUGGGGUUGGAGUCGUAUGACUGUUUGAGCCCGACAUUGAUGGACCUGAUUGCGGUGUACACUGCGAAGUCAAAGUUGUGA